AUGAGUGUGCGUGAAGUGGCCCGACAUUUUACUGUCCGUACAACGGCAGCAAGCCUUUGUAAUCACUCGAAAAAUUACCUCGAUAUUGACCAGUCGAUAGAUUGCAACUCCACAGCAUUGUCCAGCACCAGAAGAUCAACAUUCGUGAACCAAAACCAAACAAGACGAGGGCGAUUUGCCGAUCGCUGGACUAUGUCAAACCACCGACAGCCCGACAGCUUAGCUUCCGCACAGUGGAAACGGGAGAUGGACGAAACCAACCCAGUGGUCUUUCAAUUCGGUUCUUCAGCACGCGAAAACUACCGCCUCCAAGAUCGCGACAAUCUUCGGGAUGGACAUUGGCUUCACGACGUUAACAUCGACCUACACUCUGACUAUCUCAACAAAUACCUCCUUCCCUCCUUCCCUGGUUCAGUGUUCAUCGCACCUACCGGAUUGUCACAGCUCAUCAAGGAUAUUCCCGAUGAAGACUUCGACAGCGCAAUGGCGCAAGGUGUCUUUCCGCCCAUCCAGUAUGCUCCGCACAUAUUCCUUCCAAUCAAUACGGAGGUCUCCAAAAUGAGCGACCGAAUGUCCGUUGGUGGAACCCACUGGUCACUUGUUCAUGUUCUACUUCCUCCUCCAGACAGCGACCAUGAGGUUACAGUCCGGCACUAUGAUCCCUUGCACCAUCACAACAGAGAUGAGGCAAGAGCCAUAAUGCUCCGCAUGAGGACCAUCUAUGGGUGGAAUGUACAUGGAUUCACUGGCGUCAGUGAAGAGACUAUUCCACAAACCCAUGAGGGAACAAAUUGUGGAGUGGCGGUUACAUGGAUGCUGAGACAGCUGGUAUUGAGGGUGCUGAAUGGGGAAGACAUGACAAUGACGGAUGAGGAUGGAGAAGAGCAUGGGAUCGUCAACUGGAAGUUUGGUGGCGGGGUGGGGUUUGAUGCUGGAGAGGAGAGAGCAUGGUUGAGACAGGUUGUAGAUGUUCUGAAAUAUGGGGCAAGACGCAUGUGA